AGCUGCGAACUAGACGCAUCCGAAUCAUAUCUCUGCUUAUCAGCGCAACAGAUUCUGAAAUUGUGAAAUCAAAUUUUAAAACGGCGACCUUGGGCAGCGAUAACUGCAGAUAGAGCAUCGAUAAAAAUAUGUUUCGACAACAUUCUGCUCUACAGUUUUACAGCACUGUAAACUGAGGUCUGGCAACGCUGGCUGCGAUGUUUAAAUAUUUCGUUUUCUCGAAGAAAAAUAAAUAAGAGAUAUGCAAGUCCAAUUAAUAAAGCAACCAAGCUUUGUAAAACCAUUAAAAUGAGAAGAAAAACUUUAAAAGCAAAGAAGUGCGACCAGACAAUCGAUAAAUGCAGCGCAGUCUUUAAUAUCGAUACUUGCGAUAGUGCAAUUAGAAGAAAUACGGAAAAUAAAUAAAUCAGCCGCAACAUGUCAAUAAUAUUGAGACGGAACCUGCGAACGUCUUGGAUGGUAAAGGCCUGCUACAGCUCCAACGCGCAAUCGGGGGACUCCGCCAAAACAAUACCCAAGAACCUGCUAGAGGACAAGCAAACGGCCGUUCUGCAAAAGGAGAACGGAGCCAUCUUCGACAAGCGGCCCUUCAAGCUACACCUGGAUAAAGAUAAAACCUACAGCUGGUGCCUGUGCGGCAAGUCCAAGUCUCAGCCCCUGUGCGAUGGCAUGCACAAAAACGAGUUCCUCAAGAUCAAGCAGAGGCCCAUCCGCUUCAAGGUGGAGAAAACAGGGGACUACUGGCUGUGCAACUGCAAACAGACCACCCACAGACCCUUCUGCGACGGCACCCACAAGCAACCGCACAUCCAGGCAGCCGUUAAAUAGUCCUAGCUUCUAGCUCCUAGCUUUCGUCGAUGUACUCGUGUGGGAAAAUGAGAAAUGCAUUAAUUUUGAUCAA